AUGGCGUCCACAGGAAUGGCGAAAUCGAAGGGGAGUUUCUUUGUCACUCGAUCACACGACAUGACAGAGAGAACAUCAUUUUUCACCUUUGCGUUUAGAUUCAGAGGAAGAAGCAUCGUCGGUUUGGGAAUGGGUGAGAACAUAUUGGUGGAUUCUCAUGUUUGGGUGGAAGACCCGGAGGUAGCAUGGAUUCAUGGGGUUGUGCUUAAUAUCAAGGGAGACGAAGCCGAGGUUAAAACCAAUGAUGAUAGAGAGGUUAUUGCUAAAUUAUCAAAACUAUAUCCAAAAGACGCUGAAGCUCCUUCGGAGGGAGUAGAGGACAUGACACGGUUAUCUUAUCUCCAUGAGCCUGCAGUUCUCGCCAACUUGGCUACCAGAUAUGAGCUUAAUGAAAUUUAUACUUAUACAGGAAACAUUCUUAUUGCUGUCAAUCCCUUUCAAGGACUCCCUCAUCUUUAUGAUGCUGAGGUUAUGGAGAAGUACAAGGAAGCCUCGUUCAAAGAAUUGAGUCCUCAUGUUUUUGCUAUUGGCGGCAUUGCAUAUAGGUGGGAAAUGAUCAAUGAAGACAGGAAUAAAUGUAUAUUGGUCAGUGGUGAAAGUGGGUCUGGAAAGACAGAAACGACUAAGAUGCUCAUGCGCUACCUUGCAUACUUUGGAGGGCAUUCUGCAGGUGAAGGAAGGACAGUUGAAAACCAAGUUUUAGAAUCAAACCCAGUUCUUGAGGCAUUUGGAAAUGCAAAGACGGUUAAGAACAACAAUUCCAGUCGUUUUGGGAAAUUUGUGGAGAUUCAGUUUGAUGAUGUGGGUCGAAUAUCUGGGGCAGCCAUCAGAACCUACCUCUUGGAGAGGUCUCGCGUUUGCCAAGUUUCAGAUCCUGAACGUAACUAUCACUGCUUUUACCUCCUGUGUGCUGCUCCUCCAGCGGAUGUUGAGAGAUUUAAAUUGGGAGACCCUAAAUCGUUUCGCUAUCUUAACCAAUCUAGCUGCUAUGAACUUGAUGGUGUAAACGAUGCUGAGGAGUAUCUUGCUACUAGAAGAGCUAUGGAUGUAGUUGGAAUAAGUGAAACAGAACAGGAUGCAAUUUUCAGAGUUGUGGCUGCCAUUCUCCAUCUUGGAAAUAUUGAAUUUUGCAAGGGAGAAGAUGCUGAUUCAUCAUCUCUAAAAGAUGAACAGUCAACGUUUCAUCUCCAGAUGACAUCAGAAUUGCUCAUGUGUGAUCCCCAUUCCUUAGAAGAUGCUUUGUGUAAGCGUAUGAUGGUCACCCCAGAAGAAGUUAUCAAAAGAAGUCUUGAUCCUCUUGGUGCUGCCGUUAGUAGGGAUGGUUUAGCAAAGACAAUAUACUCGAGACUCUUUGAUUGGUUGGUAAACAAAAUAAAUAUCUCUAUCGGGCAAGAUUCUCACUCUAGGCGGUUGAUCGGAGUCCUUGACAUUUAUGGUUUUGAGAGCUUUAAAACUAACAGCUUUGAACAAUUCUGUAUCAAUUACACGAAUGAAAAGCUGCAACAGCAUUUCAACCAGCAUGUAUUCAAAAUGGAACAACUUGAAUACGAGAACGAAGAAAUAGAUUGGAGCUAUGUAGAGUUUGUUGAUAAUAAAGAUGUCGUGGAUCUGAUUGAAAAGAAGCCUGGUGGUAUCAUUGCUCUUCUAGAUGAAGCAUGCAUGCUACCCAAAUCAACUCCUGAAACAUUUUCUGAGAAGCUGUAUCAAACAUUCAAGAAUCAUAAGCGCUUCAUAAAACCAAAAUUGACUCGAUCAGAUUUUACUUUAGUUCAUUAUGCAGGAGAAGUUCAGUACCAGUCGGAUCAAUUUUUAGACAAAAACAAAGACUAUGUUGUUGCCGAGCAUCAGGAUUUGUUAAAUGCUUCCAAAUGUUCUUUUGUGUCAGGCCUUUUUCCUCCUCUUCCUAAAGCGAAUAGCAAAUCUAAGUUUUCCUCAAUUGGCGCUCGUUUCAAGCUACAAUUGCAACAACUGAUGGAGACGCUGAAUCUUACGGAACCGCACUACAUCAGAUGUGUUAAGCCAAACAAUUUGUUGCAGCCAACAGUGUUUGACAAUGCCAAUGUCUUGCAUCAGUUACGCUCUGGGGGUGUUCUUGAGGCCAUCAGAGUGAAAUGCGCUGGAUAUCCAACAAAUAGGACUUUCAUUGAAUUCUUAAAACGGUUUAUCAUUCUUGCACCAGAGAUUCUGAAAGGAGAGUAUGAAGCAGGUGUUGCAUGCAAGUGGAUUUUGGACAAAAAGGGGCUUACAGGUUUCCAAAUUGGGAGAAGUAAAGUUUUCCUUAGAGCUGGUCAGAUGGCUGAGCUAGACGCACACAGAACAAAAGUGCUAGGCGAAGCAGCGAAGAUGAUUCAAGGGCAAGUUAGAACCCGUCUCACUAGAGAACGAUAUGUUAUCUUGCGGAGGGCUUCAGUUAAUAUACAAGCUAAUUGGAGAGCAAAUCUUGCACGAAAGAUAUCAAGGUACAUGAAAAGGGAGGAAGCUGCCAUCAAAAUUCAGAAAAACUUGCGUAGACAGAUUGCAAUUAAAGAUUAUGGAAAUACAAAAUCUUCAGCAGUCACAUUGCAAAGUGGAAUCCGGACAAUGGUUGCACGACAAGAGUUCCAUUAUAAAUUGAAGUCUAAGGCAGCCACUCUGAUCCAGGCUUACUGGCGUGGUUACAGUGCUAUAACUGACUACAAGAAACUGAAAAAAGCUUCUCUUGUUUACCAAAGUAAACUCAGAGGAAGAAUAGCCAGAAAACAGUUGGGACAGUCAAAUCAGGCUGACAAAAAGAAAGAGACAGAACAUGAAAGAGAGGUGGAAGUUUCUGAUCGGGCAGGAGAGGCAGUUGAUAAGUCCGUUGUAAUGCAUUCAGAGGAGAGUGAUGAUGAAGAGAUGCGACAUGAAAGAGAGGCAAAUCAUUCCAUCCAAGCAGGUGAUGGAAUUGAAAAGUCUGUAAUGCAUUCAGAGCAUAGUGAUGAUGAAGAGAUAGGACAUGAUCGACAGAAAAACCAUUCCAUCCAAUCAGAUGAUGGCACUGAAAAGUUAAUGCAUUCAGAGCACAGUGAUGGAGAGAAAGGACAUGAACGACAGACAGAACAUACCUUCCAAGCAGAUGAUGGAAAUGAAAAGUCCUUUGUUCUCGAUUCAGAGAACCCUUACAUCAAUUUUUCUGAUGUAAGCCAUAUAACGAAUCCUUUUCGUGAUACAGAAAUUGAGUCCCUCACUGCCGAAGUUGAGAUGUUGAAGGCCUUGUUGCAAGUUGAGAAACAAAGAGCUGACAUUUCCGAAAGAAAAUGUGAUGAAGCCCUAGAACUUGGGGAGAGAAGACGCAAAAGAUUAGAAGAAACAGAAAGAAGAGUUUACCAACUACAAGACUCUUUGAACAGGUUGUUAUAUUCUAUGUCGGAUCAAUUCUCGCAAUUGAAGUCCAUCUUGAGAUCUCCUUCUAUGUCUUCAACGUUGGUUGCUUCAGCGCCAGUUGUACGGGACGAUCUUGCUGACACCUCUGAGAACUCUGAAGCUUCAUCAACUGAUUCUGAUUUCACUUUUCCAGCUCCAUCUUCUUCUCCUGCAGAUAAUCCAAGUCAGCUGCAAGUCAUUGUUCAAGAUCUAUCAACCACAGAGGCCAAAGAAAAUAUUGCAGGAACGGAGAACUUUGACAGUAAGAAGGAAGGGGGCUUUGACGAUUACUUUUGAUGAUGAAACGCCGUUUUUUUAUCUCUUCACCAGAUAUUUUUGGAGUGCUGCUAAUCUAUUUACUCCAUUGUUGAGAUACAAAAGGAAAUUGUUUUAGUGUUUACAGUUAGUUCAGACUCCAGUUAUAGUUUCUUUACAUGAUUAGAUACCGCAAUAACUGUGUAGGGUCGUCAAGGGAUGUCAAGUUCUAUGUAUUAACGCAUACAAAAGCCAUGUUUGUUUCUUC